UGUCUUGUGUACUUUUCUUUUCGUCCAAAACUGUCAAGAUGGCUCGCGGACCCAAGAAACAUUUAAAGCGUUUGAAUGCUCCGAGAGGAUGGAUGUUGGACAAGACCGGUGGUACUUUCGCACCCCGGCCGUCCACAGGACCACACAAGCUGCGCGAAUCAUUGCCGCUGGUAAUUUUCCUGCGCAAUCGGCUGAAGUAUGCCCUGACCAAUAAUGAGGUCACCAGGAUUGUGAUGCAGCGUCACAUCAAGAUUGACGGCAAGGUGCGCACCGAUCCCAACUAUCCGGCCGGUUUCAUGGAUGUCAUUACCAUUGACAAGACUAACGAGAACUUCCGAUUGAUCUAUGAUGUCAAAGGUCGCUUCACCGUUCACCGUAUCACGCCAGAAGAAGCCAAGUACAAGCUGCUGAAGGUGAAACGCGUCCAAAUUGGACCGAAGCGAGUCCCAUACAUUCUGACUCAUGACGGACGCACUAUUCGCUACCCGGAUCCAAUCAUUCAUCAGAACGAUUCUAUUCAGUACGACAUCGCUACCGGUAAAGUUAUGGAUGUACUCAAGUUCGAACCGGGUAAUUUGUGUAUGAUCACCGGCGGAAGAAAUUUGGGACGUUGCGGUACAGUUAUCCAGCGCGAGAAGCACCCGGGAUCGUUUGAAAUUGUCCACGUCAAGGAUGCUACCGGUCAUGUUUUUGCCACUCGACUAACCAAUGUUUUCAUCAUUGGUAAGAGCGUCAAGGCAUUCAUCUCGCUGCCGAAGGGCAAGGGUGUCAAGUUGAGCAUUGCUGAAGAACGCGACAGGCGGCUGGCGAGCAAGGCUGCACAUUAAGCAAACUAUUGUGCUGCUGUAAUGAUACACUUAUGAAUCAAAAUC